AUGGAGAGAGCCAAUGAUUCCAUGUUGACAGAAUUUAUCUUGGUGGGGCUUUCUGACCACCCAAAGCUCCAGAAAGUUUUGUUUGUGCUAGUUUUGUGCGUGUAUCUGAUAAUCCUGCUUGGAAAUGGAGUCAUUAUCUCAGUAGUUAUCUAUGAUGUGCACCUGCACACCCCCAUGUAUUUCUUCCUCUGUAAUCUUUCCUUCCUGGAUAUCUGCUAUACAAGCUCUUCUGUCCCACUAAUUCUCAGUAGUUUUCUGACAGGAAGGAAGAGAAUUUCUUUUCCUGAGUGCAUGGUACAAAUGUUCCUCUCCUUUGCCAUGGGUGCCACAGAAUGUGUGCUUCUAGGCACAAUGGCACUUGACCGCUUUCUGGCCAUCUGUUACCCACUGAGAUACCCUGUCAUCAUGAGCAAGAGUACUUAUGUGCCCAUGGCGGUUGGAUGCUGGGUUUCUGGGUUUGUUGACUCGUUGGUGCAGACAUCUCUUGCAGUGCAAUUACCAUUCUGUACUAAUAAUGUCAUUCACCACUUUGUCUGUGAAAUGCUAGCCAUUCUGAAACUGGCUUGUACAGAUAUUUCCAUCAAUGUGAUUAGCAUGGCAGGGUCAAAUCUGCUUUUUCUAGCUGUUCCAUUGUUAGUCAUUGCUAUCUCUUACAUUUUCAUUGUUGCCACUAUUCUGAGGAUCCCGUCCACUGAAGGAAAACAGAAGGCCUUCUCCACAUGCUCUGCCCAUUUGACAGUGGUGAUUCUGUUCUAUGGAACCAUCUUCUUCAUGUACUCAAAGCCCAAGUCUAAAGCCACUGCUGGGACAGGGCAUCAAAGUGUGAUCGAGGCCCUCAUCUCCCUCUUCUAUGGGGUGAUGACCCCCAUGCUCAAUCCUCUCAUCUACAGUCUGAGGAACAAAGAUGUGAAGGCUGCUGUGAGGAACAUGCUGGGAGGAGAACGUCUGAUAAAACAGAAAUGA